AUGAGCAGCGGUAUCAAACCGAAUCAAUCUGGCAAGCUGUCACACGGUCCCGGCAGUCAGAAUCUGCUGCUGGAAAAGGUUGGUGUCAGAACUUCCACCCCAGACUCAGAAGCGCUAGCAAGCUCAGAGGACGAGGCCGAUCAUCGUCAAGACGCCGCCUUCAUUGUUACACAGCCCCAUAAGCCAGUGCGCAGAUCGUCUUGGUUGAACGAUACAUCGCAGCCUUUGCCUCGUCCGCGCCAGGGCUCCUUUGCCAGCAACGCUGUCUCGUCCCCCACCGCUUCGCACCCUUCCACACCCUCGGCGGAGAACACAUCUGGACCCUGGGGCUCCCAUUCAGCAUCCUCCGCAAUGCCUCGUCCUCCCGGUGCUCCGUCGUUUCCCUGGGGAACAGGCAUUUGGAAUAAUGAGCGAAAGGAUCCCCCGUCCAGGCUAACCGAGGUCUUGCCCUCGCCCACAUCCAUUGUGCCUCCAGGCAGUGCUGGCAACUCGUUCUUUGGGCCCGACUCAGGUCUUGUGCAGAAUUCUCCUUCGCGAGACCAAGGACAGAACAACCAAAUUCCGUUUGCUAUACCGCUCCAUCCAACGCCAAAGACGUAUCGAUCGCAGUCGUACUCGGUUGGCCAGAUGGAGCUUGAAGCGCCUAAUUCCUCGGGGAUGAGCUCUUCGGCGAUUCUUGGUCGUGCGAGACAUCCUGCUCUUCAGCACCGUCCUUCACGUCCUAGUAUGUUGAGCGAAAUGUCCAACGACGGAUCCCUCCUAGGAAACGUUAAAGAAGUUGAGGAUGACGAAGAUGAGAGCGCUAGCGAAUCUCUCCAGAAUUCAUUCCAUCAGAGCGCUGAAUCCAAGACCAUUGAAAUGCUCGCUCGAGAAAAUGCUUUGCUACGUCAACAGCAGCAGCAAUACGCACGUAUCCGACCCCGAGCUUCGACAGGCGCUUCUUAUUUAGCCAACGGACACCCGCUCCAUGAAGUUGUCCUCGAGGAGUCCGACUAUGCCAUUGACGAGCUGGAUGAAAACCAUGAUCCUAAGGACCCUAUGGGCCGUCGUGCUUCUCAGCGUCGUAUGAGCGAAUACGGCCCUCCCACCUAUCGCACUCCCCAUGGCAUGGAUGGCCGCAAGUUGGAGAAUUCCCAACUCAAAAAGGCACUCUGGUCAAGCUCGCCGGGCUACUUCGGUGGUGAUGCCUCCCAGAGCCGACGACACUCGUUUGCCAACAUGCCGACGCGCCAAGGAUCCAUAAGCUCCCUUGCGGACUCUGUUGCAACUCUUGAGGCUCAGGCCGAGCAGCAAAACGCUCACUACGGUGGCUUCCAGGACCCUACUGCCAUGAUGGGGCCCAAUAGCCAUAUGCAUGCGCAUGCCAACAAUAUGGGUAAUGCGAUGCAAAGCAACUUUACCAACCCUUUCGCUGGCCAGUUUGCCCCACAGAAUCAAUUUCAGAAUCGCCCGCCAUCACCGCGCCACAACAUGUAUGGCAUAGGUCAGCCUCGUCUCAACCAGCUGCUGCACGUCGUUCUUUUCAAGUGCGCCAGAGCCGACAUCUUCUACAUUCAGGAGGGAACCGGCCUCACUGUGAAGCCUGGAGAUCUUGUGAUUGUCGAGGCUGACCGAGGUACUGACUUGGGCACUGUCGCGAAAGACAAUGUAGACUGGCAAACUGCUAAAGAAUCCAAGGAGCACUACGCAGAAGAACAGUACAAGUGGCUUAUGAUGUAUUCUCAAGGCGCCGCCGCUGCUCAAGAGGGCAAUGGUGGAAUGCUGUCUGCUGCGCAUGGCUUGCCUGGUAGCGCUGUCGGUGGCAUGGGUCCCGCAGGCCAGCAUCAUAUGCAGGAGCCACCCAACGGCGAGAUUCGCCCAAAGCUCAUCAAACGUCUUGCUCAAAGUCACGAGGUGCAUGCGCUGCGAGACAAGGAAGGCCAAGAGGCCAAGGCUAAGAGAGUCUGUAUGCAGAAGGUCAAGGAGCACGGGCUCAAUAUGGAGAUUCUUGAUGCCGAGUUCCAGAUGGACUGGAAAAAGCUCACCUUUUAUUACUUCGCCGAUGCUUACAUCAAUUUCAACUCUCUUGUCACCGACCUGUUCAAAAUCUACAAGACGAGAAUCUGGAUGUCGGCCAUUAACCCAGCUUCUUUUGCCAGCCCUACCUUGGGUAUCCAGGCACCAAGCGGCGUGGGGCCCGGUGCAGUCAACCAGGGCAGGUCUUCGGCCACAGGCGAUCGCAGAGGCAAUGCGCAUCAGCCUGAACAGCAACAGCAGCCCUCUGCUCAUCCGGCUCAAACCAUCUCGCCCGGCCCUCAGGGUCGCGGCAUGCGACCGGGACCAGGCGGCUUCAAUCAGCAACAUCUGGGGAUGGAUCGGCACAUGUCUCCCGUGUCCGCCACUGGCUUCCCCAACUCCAACUAUGCAUUCGGCCCUGCAGGCGCUUUUGGCAAUGCUAGGCCGCCGCAGAGCCCUUAUCAAGAGAUUUUCAAGCACCGCAUCGGCGCUUUCACCCUGGACAAGGUGAAGGGGGGCCGCCUCACCAUUUGCAGCGCGGUUCGCCUAUCUCCCCUCAGGGAGACUGGACUGCCGGAUUCCAGGGACUUUCCCUAA